AUGUCUACCGGCACCGAUUUCUUCUCAUGUCUGCGCGGUCUUCAGCAAACCUCGCUAGACCUCAAGCUCCCUGCCAUUCUCCUUGCCUCUUUUUGUUUGUAUCUAAUCAUCCCUUUAUUCCUUCGCAAGAAUCUCGUCGACAAGGAUGGCCACCCUCUCCCGCCUGGCCCUCCUCUCCGCUACCCUUUCCUCCCCAAGUACAACGAGCGCAUCUUGCAUCGAUGGACUAAAAAGUACGGCCCCCUAUACUCAGUCUGGAUGGGCAACCAGCUCUUCGUGGUUCUGAACGACCCUACCGUCGUCCGCGACCUUCUCGUCGUACACGGUGCCAACUUUUCAAGCCGCUGGAAUUUCUUCAUGAAAAAUCAAACCAUCCUCAAAGGGGGUGCUAUCACCGCUACUCCUUACAACGACACCUGGAGGAAACAUCGCAGAAUCGCAAACACCAUUCUCGCACCAAAGGCAGUCGAGAGCUACAGCGCCACUCUUGACUAUGAGGCCCACAUGCUCAUCCGCUCUCUCUUCCACGACACCAAACAAGGUCUCAUCCCCGUCAAUCCGGCGCACUAUGCCGGCCGAUACGUGCUCAAUAACAUGCUGUCAGUCACCUUCGGCACGCGCACUGGGUCGGUGGCAGACCCUUUGGUAAGGCGAGCUCUGCCUUUGGGCAAUGAGUUCAUGAAACUCACAGGCCCCUGGUCCAACGCCAUCGAUUUCAUCAAGCCAUUACAAUGGAUCCCAACCCGUAUCCGAUCUCGCGGCCGCAAGCUGCGCAAAGACUUUCUGGAAGUAUACGGCGCCAUGAUCAAUCUAGUGAAACACCGCAUGGAAUCCGGGGAAAACGUGCCUGACUGUCUCGUCAAGUCGCUUUUGGAAUACCAGGAAGAUGAGAAACUGAGCUGGACGGAUAUGUGUCUGUUGACCACGGCGUUCGCCACCGGAGGCUCUCAUUCGACUUCUGGGACUAUUCAGUGGUUCUUGGCGUUCAUGCCCUCUCAUCCCGAGAUCCAAGCCAAGGCACACGAGGAAUUGGAUCGCGUCAUAGGACGAGACCAAUGGCCGACGCCCGAAGACGAAAUGCGACUCCCCUACGUUCGCGCUAUCAUCAAAGAGGUCCUUCGUUGUCACUCCCCAUUCUGGAUGGCCACGCCGCACUGCUCCGACAACGACUUUGUCUACAGAGGGAUGUUCAUUCCCGCCAACACCGUCAUGAUGCUGAACUGCUACUCGCUGCAUCAUAACGAGGAGCGAUACCCUGAUCCUUUCAAAUUCAACCCGGAUCGGUUCAUGGGUGAUGACUAUUCCAGCACUGAGUCUUCCAAGCUUCCCAAUGCUAUGGAUAGGGACCAUUGGGCUUUCGGAGCUGGCCGACGCAUCUGCCCCGGCAUGCCCGUCGCCGAAAAAGAGAUCUUCCUCGCCAUCUCGCGGCUCUUAUGGGCCUUCACCAUCCAAUCCGUCCCCGGCGAGCCCAUCAGCCUCGACGAGUACGAAGGCAACUCGGGGCGCACGCCCUUGCCCUUCCGCAUCCGCCUCUCCCCGCGGCACGACAACGUCCGCAGCGUGUUGGACGCUCGGGCGGAGACGCUCGGUGUGCAGGAGUCGGAUCUGUUCUGA